CCCUCUGCAGGCGAGCGUGGGUCGGUGCUUUAGGAAUUGCCGCAGGAGACUAUAGGGGGUGCUGCGGGACUUCUCGCUCAGGCAGAGCGCUCAGACUACAACUCCCAGAAUCCACUAGGGCUCGAGGGGGCGGACCCAACCCAUUACUUCCCGCCCGCCCCUCGCGGGUCGCCCGGGAAAUCUCACCCGGGAUGCGGAGAUCCAAUCGGAAGAGGGCUCAAAUGCCGCCACACCGCGGGUUCCUCUGCGUUCGCCUCCCUUUGCUGGUGUUUUGAGUCUUCCCGGAAGAGGAAGGAAGGCGCCGGCGGGUCUUUCCACUUCUGCGUCCGGAUCGCUGGAACUUCGCGGGCUGCCGGUAGCCGGCGCGUAGAGUGCAGGCUGAGGCGCGCGUCCGCCGGCCUUCCUCUACAGCAUGAAGUCGCCCGAGCUGCUCUCCGCUCCGGGCAGCCUUCCCUCCGAUCAGACCCCGGCUCUGGCGCAUCUCACUCCCCAGGCUUCUGUGGAUAAAAAUACCGACAGUGAACUGAUGUCACCGCCACGCGGUGGGGAUGACCAAGCCCACAUGUCCACAGAUGCCGUGGCCGGCUCAGCCGUGGCCCAGCAGCUGGAGCAGGGGGACCCAGCGUCUCUCUCCGUUCCCCUGGAAGAGUUCAGUACUCCUAGUGAGUUGAACCCUCCAAUCGAAGAGCAAGACCUUUCGGAAAACGUGAGCCUUCCUGCAGAAGAAACGAACCGACCAGAUACGGAGUCUGGAGAAGCUAUGGACGGUGUGUCUGAAGACCCGGUCCCGGACCACGAGGGAGACACCAUUUGGAACUACAACUUUUCCCAGUUACCUCGAUUUCUCAGUGGUUCCUGGUCCGAAUUCAGCGCCCAACCUGAGAACUUCUUGAAAGGUUGUAAGUGGGCCCCUGAUGGUUCCUGCCUCCUGACCAAUAGUGCUGAUAACAUCCUACGGAUUUACAAUCUGCCCCCAGAGCUGUACAGUGAAGGAGAGCAGGUGGAAUAUACGGAAAUGGCUCCCGUCCUUCGGAUGGUGGAAGGUGACACUAUCUAUGAUUACUGCUGGUAUUCUCUGAUGUCCUCCGCCCAGCCAGAUACCUCCUACGUGGCCAGCAGCAGCCGGGAGAAUCCGAUUCACAUCUGGGAUGCAUUCACCGGAGAACUCCGGGCUUCCUUUCGGGCCUACAACCACCUGGAUGAGUUGACUGCAGCCCAUUCUCUCUGCUUCUCCACGGAUGGUUCCCAGCUCUUCUGUGGCUUCAACAGGACUGUGCGUGUCUUUUCCACAUCCCGACCCGGUCGAGACUGCGAGGUGCGAGCCACAUUUGUAAAAAAGCAGGGUCAGAGUGGCAUCAUUUCCUGCAUAGCCUUCAGCCCAGUGCAGCCCCUCUACGCCUGCGGUUCCUAUGGCCGCUCCCUGGGCCUGUAUGCCUGGGAUGAUGGCUCCCUUCUCACCUUGCUGGGAGGCCACCAAGGGGGCAUCACCCACAUCUGCUUUCACCCCAAUGGCAAUCUCCUUUUCUCCGGAGCUCGAAAGGAUGCUGAACUUCUGUGCUGGGAUGUUCGGCAGGCUGCUCACCCGCUGUGGUCUCUGAGUCGGGAGGUGACUACCAAUCAGCGCAUCUACUUUGAUGUGGACCCGAGUGGGCAGUUCCUGGUGAGUGGCAAUACGAGUGGGGCCGUCUCCGUGUGGGAUGUCAGUGGGGCCUGCAGCGAUGGGAAUCUGGAGCCCCUGCUGAGUUUCCUGCCCCAGAAGGAUUGCACCAACGGAGUGAGCUUGCACCCUAGCCUGCCUCUCCUGGCCACUGCCUCUGGUCAGCGUGUGUUUCCGGAGCCCGCCGACAGUGAGGAUGAAAGAGAACAGGAGCCAGACCUUCCCCUGCUCUCCCUGCGCCACGUCCACCCGGAAUGUCAGCUACAGCUCUGGUGGUGUGGGGGCCAUGCGGAUCCCAGUAGCCGUGGUGAUCAGCAGGGGCCGACGGGGCCCGGUGGCACCGAGGACUGUGGGGAUGAGCUCCUAUAAAGGUUCCAGGCAGAGGGUGGUUAUGUGCUCUACCCUCAGAUAGGGGACCGGCUGGAUCUGCUUUGUCCCCGGGCCCGGCCCCCUGGCCCCCACUCUUCUCCCAGCUAUGAGUUCUACA